AUGUCGAAUGUUCAUACUGGUGAACUAUUAAAUUUUCAAGAUUACUCUCCGGAACAUAAUGAUCGAAGUGCGCGAAUCGAAGUAGAAGCAGUACAUACAAAUCAAUACAUGUCAAAUCCAAAUUAUGGUUUUGAAGAGCCCAAAAAUGUAGAUGAACCGGAAGCAGCACCACAAGCAGGAAACCAUAAUUUUUGGACAAUAGAGUACUAUCAGAAGUACUUUGAUGUGCACACCAAUGAGGUGGUUGAGAGGAUUAUUUCUUCAGUUCUGCCUCAGAAAGUCUCCCGCAACUACUUUGAUGAAAGAAUCAAAGGGAAACCCGACUUAUAUGGGCCUAUUUGGAUAUCUGUCACCCUUAUCUUCACAAUUGCAGUAAGUGGUAACAUUGCAAACUACCUACAAAAUGCUAACAAAGCUGUGCAUUGGCGGUACGAUUUUCACUUGGUAUCAUAUGCAGCCACGGCAAUCUUGGGCUAUGUAUGGUUGGUGCCCUUAGCAUUGUGGGCAGCUUUAAAAUGGACCGUAGUGCCUGAAGGUCAGGAUGAAAUUGAAACACAGGUUUCAAAUACGCCAUCCAUGAUGUCUCUAUUUUGUCUGUAUGGAUAUUCUCUAUCAAUUUAUAUCCCGGUAGCUAUACUCUGGACGAUCCAAGUAUCUUGGCUGCAGUGGCUUUUCGUCCUCAUGGCGGCGUUUGUUUCUGGUGCAGUGCUCAUAUUUUGGCUUCUGCCGGCGUUAAGGAAGUCCAGAUAUUUCCCUAUAGUUGUAGGUUCAAUUCUGGCAUUUCAUUUUCUCCUAGCUACCGGUUUCAUGCUUUUUUUCUUUCAUGUACCUUCUACUGGAGAUAUUCCAGUAAGUGUGGGUAGCUCAACAGUUAAAGUGUGA